CAGAAUGGUUUCGUUCGAGGUUAAGUGUGUUUGAACUUGAUCCUGGAUAUACAAGUUUCACGUUGAUCUGUACUGAUUAACUGAUUAUUUGUGAAUAACUUUAAGCAUUUUGAAGUGUUAGAAAAUGGAGCGUAACGAAGAAGAUUGGUCGAUAGAAUGUUCAGAUGAUGAGAAAUACGAAAUGGAUGGAAAAAAUGAAUGGACGCUGAAACCCGACGAUAUAUUAACGUUAAUCGAAGCUCUUGAAGCUAAUAACAGAGCUCUGGAACUUGAAUGGAAGUGUCCUGGUAGACGAGGUCCGUCACCUGUUCCUUCGAACAAUCGUCAACAAGAUAAUGGCUCACAGGAGUACAAGGCGGAGGAAAAGUCUGAUUUUGAUUUCAUGGAUGAAAUGUCGUCCCCGAGAUUACCAGUUCGAAGAACCGGAGAAAGUACACCAAAGGGAAGCGCUAAGAAAAAGACUGCUAGUUUUAACGGCGUACUAUCGACUAUGUUGCGACAUCGUAGAUUAGAACAACAGGAGAUCAAUUCGAGUCCAAAAAAGAUCGAAUCACCUGUAUCGAAAACACAACCAACUUAACCGCUUUGUCGAUAUCAUUGUGGUAUAAAUGUUCGAGCAAAACACAUGGAUUUGUGGUAGCUGAUGGUUCGUGUUUAGCCCAUGCUGGAAAUUCACUGGUAUCAUAAACGAAGUUACCCC